GAAGCCCUCCGGCGCCGUCAUUGGUCAGGGGUCUCUGGCUUGCUGGGGGCGGAGUUUACCUGGAACCAGGCCAGGUUGGGCAUCUUUGCGAGAUAGCAGAGCUCAGCGUGGGGCGCGAACGCAGGCCGGGGACUGAGGAUGUGGCGAUGGUCGUUUCUGUUGCUUCUCUUACUGCUGCGGCCCUGGGCCCUGGGGAAGCCAUCCCCUGAUGCAGGACCUCAUGGCCAGGGUAGGGUGCAUCAGGGAACCCCCCUGAGCGAGGCCCCACACGAUGACGCCCACGGCAACUUCCAGUACGACCAUGAGGCGUUCCUGGGACGAGACGUGGCCAAGGAAUUUGACCAACUCAGCCCAGAGGAAAGCCAGGCCCGACUUGGGCGGAUCGUCGACCGCAUGGACCUUGCUGGGGACAGCGACGGCUGGGUGUCCUUAGCCGAGCUCCGCGCGUGGAUCGCGCACACGCAGCAGCGGCACAUCCGUGACUCGGUGAGCGCAGCCUGGCACACCUACGACACGGACCGCGACGGGCGCGUGGGUUGGGAGGAAUUGCGCAAUGCCACGUAUGGCCACUAUGAGCCGGGGGAGGAAUUUCACGACGUGGAGGAUGCUGAGACCUACAAGAAGAUGCUGGCUCGGGAUGAGCGGCGAUUCCGGGUGGCGGACCAGGAUGGGGACUCCAUGGCAACUCGGGAAGAGCUGACAGCCUUUCUGCAUCCCGAGGAGUUCCCUCACAUGCGGGACAUCGUGGUUGCAGAGACCCUGGAGGACCUCGACAAAAACAAAGAUGGCUACGUCCAGGUGGAGGAGUACAUCGCCGACCUGUACUCUGAGGAGCCUGGGGAGGAGGAACCUGCCUGGGUGCAGACAGAGCGGCAACAGUUCCAUGACUUCCGGGAUCUGAACAAGGAUGGGCGGCUGGAUGGUAGUGAAGUUGGUUACUGGGUGCUGCCUCCAUCGCAGGACCAGCCCCUGGUGGAGGCCAACCACCUACUGCAUGAGAGCGACACAGACAGGGAUGGCCGACUGAGCAAAGCUGAGAUUCUGAAGAACUGGAACAUGUUUGUGGGCAGCCAGGCCACCAACUACGGUGAGGACCUGACAAGGCAUCAUGAUGAGCUCUGAUUCCUAGGUCUACUCAGACUUAUGACCCCAUGACCCCAUGGGGCCAACUGAGGGGCCACUGCAGCCAGCCCCUCCCUCUAGGGCGAAGACUCAGC